UGAACUCGAAAUUUACACGAUUAUCAAAAUAAUCCCUUUUAUAAUAUAAAGAAGUCUUAUCUACCAGUGCACAGAAGUAAUGAGACCGGAGGAAUUAAUUUAUGAGUAGAGUGACCAUGAAGCCUCUAUUUCAUGCACAAAAAUUACAGGACAGCCAGAAGUUAGCUCUAUCGACUGAACAUCUACUACCCAAGUGGACCCCUCCACGGCCCCACCUACUCAGUUGCCGUAGCCCACCGCACCUGAAAAUCGGUCCGCCGGUCUUCCUCCGCCGUCGCGACCGGCGAUUCCGAACCUCAGUUCAGGUGACAUCUCAUCGCCGCCGGCGUCAUCCGUCACGGUCUCGCUCGUAAAUUCUGUUUUUUCUAGGUCGUCUUUGAAAUCGUGGAUUCAAUUGCGCCGUAGAGUUAUUUGCGAGGCAGAUGAAUUUGAGUCAGGGAGCGGUGCAUCCAGUGGAGGCGCCGCCGUUGCAGACGGAGGGUGCGGGGAACGUGCCACUGCCUCGCGUGCGGAUGAAGGAUCUCCAAGGCUUGCCGGGGACGGUCGGAGGUCUAGUGCCGCGCGGGUGUCAGUUUCUGUCCGCGGCGGUGGCGCUCGCCGUCAUGGCAACCACCACUGACUUCCCGUCUGUCACCGCCUUCUGCUACCUUGUUGCUGCUACUGGUUUGCAGAGCAUAUGGAGCAUUGUAUUAGGAAUUACCGAUGCCUAUGCACUUCUUGUAGGACGCCGUUUGCAGAAUCCUCGAGCGGUUAGGUUAUUUGCUGUUGGUGAUGGGGUUACUUCUAACUUAACUUUUGCUGCAGCCUGUGCAUCAGCAGGCAUUACUGUUCUGAUUGGGAAUGAUUUGGGCUCCUUUGGUAAAAAUCAUUGCACAGAAUUUGAAACUGCUACAGCUAUGGCCUUCCUCAGUUGGUUUGCUGCAUUACCUUCUUGUUAAAUUUUUGGUCAGCGGCAUCGAGAUGAAAGUAACGUAUAUACUGUGAUUACAGACAAAUUUUGUGUUGAAGGACUACAUUAGUAUUACUAUUUCUCUUCUUCGUUCCAUGUAAUCAAUCCAUCAUUUCCUGUGUGAUUAUUGACGUGUACAACUCCAAAACUGGUGCUGUCUCGUGUAUAUAAAUAGACAAAUAGUGUUAGUUGAA